AUGGGUAAUCCUUCAACACUUGAACAAGUAGAGACCCCCCUGGGCCUGGUAAGCAUCACGUCCAAACCAAAGCCUCCUCUCUAUUUUUUUUUUUAUGAUGAAGACACCAAUAUCUCACAUAUAUACAACUUGCAGGGUGCCACCACUCUUAAUGAUGACCUCCAAUUCCUACGAGACUUGGAGAGCCAAUAUCAGGUGGCUGCCACCAACCCUUUUGCCAACCCGCCUUCUUCAUCCAUUCAUGAAGCCCUGGAUGCCGUUGACAACUUCCUAUCUUACACUUUGGACGAAGUCAUAGGGGCUUUUGACUCUGCCUGGCCUGAACAAUCACUUGCUCUUUUGUCCAAGCUCGAGCUUCACAUCCCACUACCAGGUUUGAGCAUGGAUCACAUGCUAUCUAUGCACACUGCUUCAGACACCAUCAAAUCAUGUAUUGGGGCUAUCGAGCAGGCUACAAAGUUGAAGGAUACCAUGCUCCACAAAGAAAAUGCUAGAGCCACCACUUCCACCUCCUUGCAAGGGAAGGUAUCACAAGGCAAGGCCAUGUCAAGUCAGGUUGCCACUCUUGAAGCCGAGAAAAAUGCUCGCUCUUCUAGGAUAGCUGAGUUGGAGGCCGAACUCAGUAGGCUUCGUGCAGAGGAGGCACAAGAGCAAAUCCAGUCAGAGUCUCUAAUUCAAAACUUCAACGUGUUGAUGGGUGAAAUUCGUGCUCUUGCUAACCAGGAGAAGACUCUUACUCCCAUGAAGGAAAUAGCCUUUCACCGAGCAAAAGCCGACCAAGAGGAGCGUGAAAACAAGGCCAAGCUCGUUAGACUGAGGGCCACCUUUGAUGAGAUCAAGAAGAUCCUCCAUCCUUGA